AUUUCUUUUUAAAGGUUAAUCCCUCUUAUUUAGUGUUUUAUCAGCAACAUAAGCAUUGUAAGUGUGAGUUUAGAGAAAUUUGACAGUUGUUGUGCAAGGACGCGCGUUUAGGGGAGUGCAAUAAUAACAAUGCGCCGUGUGUUCUGUUGUGCGAGCCCCCUUCGUCGCCAUGCGUGCUGUGACAGCAUCGGGCAGCACUCGCGAACAGCAAGCGGGGCUCCACCCGCCGCUGCACCAAUCCUCGCUACACUCGGUUAUUCGCGUGUUUCUAAACACUUAUAUGCAAAUUCGCGUAUUUAUGGGCUGCUAAGUUAUUUAUACUGAGUUUAGAGUGUUAUGGCAGCGUAUAGCAGUGGGCUGUAUCGUCGCAGAGUUCACAACAGCGAUGGUAAUGGAGGCGUCCCCGUCCCCGCAGAGCGUUGGCCGCGAGUUUGUCCGUCAGUACUACACGCUGCUCAACAAGGCGCCCGCCCAUCUGCAUAGGUUCUACAACAACUACUCGUCAUUUGUGCACGGAGGGCUAGACGCGCCCAACCGCGAGACCCUGCCAGUAGUGGGACAGAAGCAGAUCCACAACCGCAUACAGCAGCUUAACUUCCGCGACUGCCAUGCUAAGAUCAGUCAGGUGGACGCUCAAGCCACUCUCGGCAAUGGCGUGGUGGUGCAGGUGACGGGCGAGCUGUCGAACGGCGGUGCGCCCAUGCGCCGUUUCACACAGACGUUCGUGCUAGCCGCGCAGUCGCCCAAGAAGUACUACGUGCACAACGACAUCUUCCGCUACCAGGACAUAGUGUUCUCCGACGAGGAGGGCGACGGGUCGGGCCGGUCGGACGCGGAGGAGGAGGAAGCGGGCGGCACCGGCCCGUACUUCCCGCCGCCGCCGGCCGCGUUCCCGGGCGCGUUCCCGGCGCCGCCCGCGCCGCCCGCGCACGCCGCGCCGCCCGCCGCGCUGCACGCGCCGCUCGUGUCGCCGCCCGCGCCGCCGGUGCAGGCCGCGCCGCAGCCCGCGCCCGCGCCCGCCCCGGCCGUCGCCGCGCCGCAACCCGCGCACCAUCUCAACGGACACCCGGCCCCGCAUGACGAGUCUGCGAGACAUCUCGUGGCCGCGCUGCAAGCGAGCAGCCUGACGAGCGAGCCAGACCGCGAGGCGAGCGCGGCGUCGCCGCCGAGCGCAAGCGCCGUGGUGCCCGGCCUGCCGCCGCAGGAGCCCACGCCCGAGCCCGCGCCAGAGCCCGAGCGCGAGCCCACGCCGCCACCACAGGCCCCGCAGCAGACAGCGGCGCCGUUGCCGCCGGAGCCGAAGACGUACGCCAACCUGCUGAAGUCUGGUUCGAGCCACGGCGGGGGUACGCGCAGCUCGCCACCCUCCGGUCCUGCCGCGCCCGCCGCACCGCCCGCUCCCGCGCCUGCGCCGCCGCAGCACGCCCCGCCGCACCCCGCGCACACGCAGCACGCACCGCACGCGCCGCACGUGCCGCACGCCGCCCCGCAGGACCAGCGCCCGCGCAUGCCGCGCCCGCCCACACAACCACCACCACCAGCGGAGUCGUCGCGGCGGUACUCGGACGCGCAGCAGCUGUUCCUGGGCAACCUGCCGCACGGCGCGAGCGAGGAGGAGCUGCGGGCGCUGUUCGGGCGCUUCGGCGCCGUGGCCGAGCUGCGCGUGCACCGCCCGCCCGCCACCGUGGGCGCGCACAAGCACCCCAACUACGGCUUCAUCACCUACGAGAGCUCGCAGGCCGCGCACGACUGCCUCAACGCCGCGCCGCUCUACUUCCCGCCCGACAGCGCCGACGGCGUCAAGCUCAACGUCGAGGAGAAGAAGACGCGCGGGCGCGAGGCGCCGCGCCGCCGCCCGCUGUCCUCGCACCGCGCCGCCUUCCAGCCGCGCCCCGCCUACCGCCGCUAACGCACCGCGCCAGCCGCCAGCUCCAGCCACUCCGCACCGCUCCACUCCGCACGACACACUCACGCGCCCGCACCGGGCUCGACAUUGCCUGAAUCAAACUGUUACCAAGUUUUAUAUCAAAAAACGUUCCCAUAACAUACAUACUAUGUUAUUAGUUUCCAGCAGACUUGGUCUUUUUAUGAUUCAACCAGUGGCUAAAAUCCAAGGCUUCACUACUGUAUCUGAUUCACUUAGUUUAGGCAAGGAAUCGCUGUUUGUCGUUUAAUUAGGAUUCAGACUCUUAAGAUUCCUUGCGGUAUGUGAUAAUUUAUUAUGACAUCGUUGUAAAGCGUAGCGAUUUCGUUAUACAUAAAUUAUCAUACAGAAUUGAGGUCGUAUGACGUCGAUCGUGUUUACCAGUGAGUGUGUACGAGAUGUACAUUGCGUUUUUUAUUUUUAAAGAUGCGAUUGACGUCACAACACUUUGUACAGGAUGACACUUUAGUUGUAUCGGUGGCGUAACUCUGAACCUCUGUUCACUCUUCAUUACUGUAAUCUUCCGCUUACCGUUAACGCGGACUGUAAUGUGAUCGGUUCGAAACUUGAGGACCGAUCAUGAAACUUAAAGUUAAAUGGGACGCAGCACUUGGCGUCGCACUAAAUAUAAAUUAUCCCGCUUCUUAAUAGCUUCUCUUACUUUAUGUUUAAGUAGUUAGAUAGAGUAAAUAAUUAAUUAUUUGAUUUUAAUUAAUUUUGUGUUGAACGUCGGCUCCCCCUCCCCGCGCCCCCGUUUUAUCCCCUGCCCCUCACGGGAGCGACGGCGCGCGUAGCGUAGUGUAAACGAACCGUUAGCGAUGGCAUAUGCAGUUUAUUUAUUACAUGAAUUUUAUACAGACAGUCAAUAGUUUCGGUGACAACGCCGACACCUCUGUAGUUGUAGCGGGCCCGCGGCCGCCUCGUCGUGAUGCUUUCACGCAUGAUCUCACGUGGUGCGCGACUCGGGUGUUGUGCGACUCGCCUGCACGUCACUAUGUCACGUCGGUUGGCACUUACCACUGAUUGGUCAAUUUGGAAUUUAUUUAUUUUGAACAAUGCAGGUGUGUAGUGUAGACUGGUGUUGUACAUGCUGCCAUAUUUGUUAAAAUUCAAACAUUACCAUGCAGCCGUUGUAUUUGACUACAUUUACGGUUAAACGUCGCAUUUGUCGGCAACAGCUACAUGCAAACUUGUUUGGCUUUUGACUAACAGUCAUAAUUUGACGAGUCAUUCGGAUGACACAAAUUAUGCCAGAGUUACAUCUAUCAGUGGGCACAGCCAAAUGGCAAUCUCACUGUGAAAAUUCCAUUUUUACAUUCAGUAAUGCUUGGCAACAAAAAAUGACAAUAAAUAAACAAAAAACAUUAUUUAUGGGCUAAAUGCGGAACUCUCCAAUUUUUUAUAGAAUUUGCGAAAUGUUGUUUCUUUGUCAAUUAUAGUUUUAUUGGAGUGUCAUAGCAAUACUGAAUGUGAAAACUGUGUUGACAAGUACAAGUGUGCGAGCAUUGUGUAUUGUUACCGUUAGUGUUGUUACUCGGCAUUAUAGGACUUGGCCGAGUAACCGAGUUGUCAUUUGGUUAGGUCCCCAGUACUAGGCUCCAGCGCUGUCCCUCCCGUCUCCUUCGCUGACAUUCAGUUUGUCCAGUACCGCAGCGGGCGCUUCGCCGACGUUCACGCAACACUCAACUAUCGGAUAAGGCAAUUUACGCAUACCGGAAGAUCGACCGUUAGUCGUCAAUUUUCGAGUUUCUUUACAAAUAAAUGUGAUUCGUCUUCUCGCAUUACUCGAGUGCGACGAAAUCACGCAAAAUUUCCCCCUUUUAUUAUACGAAUAGGAUAUAUUUUCAAGUACCGUCGGUCGAUCGUCCAGUGAUUAUUUGUGUUAGUGUCGGAUAUGGACUUUUUAGAGUGAAAGAGAAAACAUGCCGGUGGUGUAGACACGGCGGCCGCGAGCGAGCGGGUCUUGCGUGACGUCACUACCUUAAAGUGCCUCACAUGACGUCCUCGCGAGCGAGUGCGGACGCACGUGACGUCACGGCGAGCGAGUGCAUACGUCUGUGACGUCAUCGCCGACGCACAAGCCUCGCUGCGGCGCCGCGCGGCCCCGCCCUGUCGUUUUAUAUAAUUAUACUUGUAUAUUUUACUUUGUAAUAUAUACGCGUGUGUGACGCGGCGCGUGCCGUCGACGGCGCGUCGCCUCCUCGACUACGGGUGGCCGCAGCGGGACACGGUUCGCCCAAAUCGAUAUAAUCUAUGCGCCCAAGUGGCUCGUGGCUACAAAAUGCGUGAGCUGUUUGUUCUCGCCGUCGCAGUACUGAGAGCACCGCAGAGCUAAUUUUACGUGAUAUUUGCUACUGUUGUGGUUGGCGCGAAAUGCUUUGUAUAUCGUAGCAUUACCCGCUUUACUUUACACAAAAUAUGACACAAUACCGCUUUACUUAUCGAGUUUUGUUUCGCUAACCACAGCGGUGGCAAAUACCGUGUAGAUUGGACCAGGCUUGAUAUUGCAGCACUGUGAGACCAGCGAGGACAGACCGCCCCCCGCCUCCACACUCGUUUUCACUUAGUAACGUUAACAUUAAGCUUAUAUGUAACGUGUUUUGUUCUUGGAGCCGCAGCAUGCGUAUAAGGUGAAUGCUAUCGACCCUAGGUGCCGUUAGCGUAGUGUCCGCUAGGUGCGGCCGGCCCAACCCCGCCCCAGCCAUAUUGCAACCGCUUUUACGUUGAUUUAUAUAUACUAUAGAUAAUAUUAGAGAUCUUGAAACAUCGGCCCUGAGGCCCGUUCACACACAUCCGAUUUGGUGAAGCGGCUGCUGGGCGACGGCCGGCCGCGGGUACGCAUGUACCGAAACUACUUGUGUUUGUAAAAUGUUCGUUAUUUUUUAUCUAACAAAAUAAAAUUCUCGAACUUCAUAAUGUUUUUUUGUACCAGACCUUUGUCGAUAAAUAUGUAGUGCGUAGAUACUACCGUUAGGGACGGCGGGAGAGCUCGGGCUCAGGCUCCAUUGACAUUUACUAGUCUGAAAAUAAUAAUAACCGUGCAAUGAUAGCGUAAGUUUUACGUGUGGAUGAACAAAAUGUGUAGAGCGAGACAUAGUAUGUAUCUCACUCGCACUGUUAUAUCAUUAUAUACACAAUAAUUUCCAUAAAUUUCAUAUGACCGAAGUUCAAGUGAGAACAUAGGAUUUCUCUCGGGUUUUAUGAACUGAAGCGUCUAUUAUAAAAUGCUAUAUUAGUCGAGCUCUGCUGGCGUCGCGAACGUGUCGCUAAUAACUACUAAUAACUAGACAAAACACGUAAAUGUACAUAGAUAACGGCUGCACAUGGCGUCCGCCAUUUUGUGAAGUACAACAAGAUGGCGGGCCAGCCAGUAAUACUAACUUAUUUUGUAUUUAGCUAACUGUACUGUUUGGCGAAUUAUGUUGUUUACGACAUUCUUGUGCAUUUAAUAUUGGGAUGUUCCAAGGGCCGGGACGCGUGCUGUAACGUACGCACGUCAACAAUAACAUUUUUUUAUUAUCAUGUUAAACAAUAAUAUUUUUAGCCAGUGAUUGUCGUAUCAGUAUUUACUCUGACUCUCACAUUACUUGGAAGAAAAAAAAUAUGAUUAAUUAUAACACCAACUUUGGUAAAGGGGACAGUGGAUAUUAUGUUAUAAAUAAAUAUUACAAUGCAAAAAAGGAUACUUAAACAUAUUACCGCUCGCCAGAAAUCAUACUGAUAAUACAAUCAUGCGAUAAGAAUUUCAUAUUAAUUAUUGAUGUCAUGGCCUUGUGGAAUAAGUAUCAUCGUUAUAUUCUACAGACAAUAUUUUACUAAUCGAAAUGAAUUUCUAAGACACACAUUUCUCUUGUAGUUGAUACCCAUGAGUGAAACCUAUUACUGGAGUCAAUACUAUGUAUAACUGGUUGUAUUUGCUAUUGUUAUUCAUGAUAUUUGUCUACGUGCGCUGCCGCGUGCGUCCGGCGGAAGACGAAGUUGUAUGAUAUAAAAUAUUCUGUAAUUAAUAAGUUGGAAAAUUGCAUUAAAUUGCCGGUAACUGUUCAUUAACAAAGUUAUGAUAUGUCGUGUUCGCGCCUUAUAGUAUGUACUGACUUGUAAACAUACGGUUAAUUAUUGCGUCCGCCCACGUCGCGUCCAGUCGACUUGCUCGCUACUCGACUAAACAUUUCCUUCGCAAUUUUACUUUUGUAAAGCCAGUUUAAAUUCCACGGUUAUAUCUGUAAGUUUUACAUAAAUAGGCUGAAAUUAAUUACAUACGUAUAAUUGAAUGUUGUUGCUAUAAUUUUAAGCUGGUUUAUAAUUAUAGCAACAUACGUACCUAUUUACUUUUCGUAACUUACAGCUUAUGUGCAUGUAAAUAAAACUUACAAAUGUAAAGCGUCCCCGACAGUGAUGGUGAUUAUGAUUUUAUUAGAAAAUUGGUAUAGCUUGGCUAAAUGAAUUUUUGAUGAACUGAAACCCUUUUUCUUUUUCUGUGACUAAAAUCCAAAUAAUGAUAUGACUUCAAAUGUUCACACUGUUUAAAAACUAAUAACCUAUCCAUUUGUAAAAAAUCUUCCUUUUUAACCUGGUAAAUUGAUAAUAAUACUUCUAUUUAUAAUUCCUCAGUUCUUCGCCUAUAUAAUAAUAAUUUAUUAAAAGUUGUAGCAUUGUAAUCUUUCAUAAUGCACAUGUUAAAAUCACGAGACCCUAUUCAGUCCAUGGGGGUGAAUCAGCCUUGUUACAAUUACGGGCUUCCUAAUCGAAGGACAGCUUUGAUAGCCGUAUAGGUAAAUAGAGGAUUUUUUGAGUCUCAUCUUUAUGAUUAUCAAAGCUGUCCUUAGAUUAAACGCGCGUAAUUGCAAAAAUGCUGAUUUGCCUCUGUAGACGGAAUAGCGUCCCUAACCUUCAUUACAUAAUUGUUUGGUAUCUCAAUUAAAAUAAUGGUUAGAUAUGUCGAUAGCGAGCAGGCAGCGCGGCGGCCCUCCGUGUGUGUGACGCGUGUUCCCGUCGGUGAAGCACUGUAAACACAUUGGAAAUCGCCGCGUCUCCGGACAGAUAUCAUCGCCGUGUGUUUGGGAUCGACUUGGUUGCUUGCAGUGGCUCGUCCGUACUUCCUGGAAUGAACUGGAAUUGUAAAGAAAUUGUCUUGUUUUGUGACCUUAUUUUAUCGUUACAAUUAAAAUUAAUUUUAGAUACAUAGUAAUUUUACUGAUAACCAUUAGAAGUUUUAUCUUUAGUUACUGUUAUUUGCUCAAAAAUGUUGUAAAUUUUAUAUAGUAACACUUUUUUUAACUAAACAUUUUUUUUCUCUGGAAACCUAGUAAUUUCACUCCACGUAAUACAAAGGGAUUGUUAAAAGGCGUGAAUCAAAUCUCAUACAUCAGUCAAUUCCUGGAUCCUGUGACGAAUCAUUGUUGUCCAGUGACCACAGUCUCUUGAUGUGCGAUGAAAUCUGGCGUGACACUGCAAGCAUCCCUGGGCAAUGGGAUGAUACGGCCACUCCUGACGCUACCACGUUGAUGUCAUAUCACAAUAGCGCGCCCUUUUGUACUCGACCGUCAAUGGUUUACUCAAAACUUAAAUCUAGGUUUGUUAUUAGUUUAUUUUGAAGGGUUGCGCGACAGCUGGUGUGCCGUCCGCGUGGCCUGGGCCCGAUGUCCGCGAGACCGUUUCAAUGUGUAACAAAGACCCCAGGACCGUAGGCUUUUGAAAUGUGUGACAAUUGCAGUACUCGAUAGUUGAGGGAGCGUCGGAUUAAUCAUGGCUUAUGUAAAUAAAAAUAUGAUGUCGACAGUCUAGUACAGUGCGGGUAGAACAUACGGCGCUGGCGCUGAACUGUUCAUACUUCCACCUCAACUCGCAAUUUAUAAAAGUAUGUCACGUACUCAGGCGAUGAUAGCCGCGCAACAUGUUUAACAACGUUGCACAACAAACCUCAUAGCAAUGUGGUUUAAUAUGCCUUCGAGUCUGGGUAAUGGAUUUUGUCAUGUGUGUUGUGUUUUAUUUGUAACCACCCACUGUUUGCAACGUUGCUUAAAUGUUGUGCGUCAUUUCACUAAACACAGACAUUUAUUUGACACAGUACCAUGUUAUAUUUUUCGCCCUUUAUUUUUUGUUCGUACCGAUGCUCCUUCGAACAUAGAUGUUUAGUGUAAGGGGUCUAAAGUUUGUGCGAAAGUGUUAUAAUGUUCAGUAAUUUUGGCGGGCGAGCGUGUGGCGUCGGCUCGCCCCUACCCUCUGUAAUAGAGAUGUACUUUUUGUAACAAA